CUCGUUUAUCGAUAUUACAAAUCAUAAGUAAGACAAGCUGUUAGAAAUUGUUAACCACGAAGAAAAAAUGCGUUUCAUUGUCUACAAAUUUUAGUGAUAAGUUGAAAGGAAAAGGGUCAUCAAGAUGUGGUGAAAAACUGUAAUCAAGAUGUUCACAUGAUGAAAAAUGCUGGAAAUUUAUUGAAACGACAUAAGGACCACUUGCAGAGAAUAGUCUCUAAUGUAAUGAUCAGCUCAAUUGCUUAGCACUCCCCCCUUGUUUAAGCAGCCUUUAGUAAAUCACUUUCAGCAUUUCUCAAAAUUCUUUACUGUGAACUGUAAUAUGAUAACCAGUAUAGCUGAAAUUUAAACCAUUAACGAAUGCAAUAACUCGAACGAAUCCACACAUGGAGCAACAAGGUGAUGAACUUUUGGAGUCAAAGCCUAAGAUACAAAAACGUGUUGAUUUCUUAAACGAUUUAGAUGGACUCCUUGUAAACUCUAAAAAUUUCAAUAAACUCUUCAUACAAAGAACAAGUCCAGAAUGGAUUAAAAGUCAAGUUGAGAAACUUGUCCAAAGUCAUAUUCACUUAUCGAAAUUUGUUGAAGUUCUAACAAAUUUCAUUGUAUCUGAAAAUCAUCAUCCUCAUGUAGUUCAGCAAGUACUUAUUUGGUUGGAUUAUCUUACUCAAAAUCAUUACAAAUCCUUACAAUCACCAGAAAUUCAACAGUCAUUAAAAAAUCUAUGCUCAUAUUAUUACGAAAUGUUUAAAAUGGGGAAUAUGUAUUUAGAAGCUGCUAAUCGUGGUAAUGCUGUUGAGAAUUGGUCGAAAGCUCAAAAAUACAUGGGUCAUCUUCCUCGUCGACUUUAUUAUACAAUCCUACCGAAAACUAAGUUUACGUACACUGAUGAUGGAGAUAAGAAGAGUAUUAAAAAACAAACUGUUGCACAAGUUCCUAGUAGUUCAGUCGACAUUGAAGAUGAUUUUGACAUUCCGAAUGAUGAUGAUGAUGCGUUGAUGGAUUUAGAUUCAGCAUCUUCUAUGACAAAAGAUGAUGAGUUAGAAUAUAAUGAAGAGUCAGUAUAUCAGUCAUUUGAAGAAUCUGAUGCCGGUGUGUUUGAUGUUAACGAACCCUUGUCAUCUGAUGCAGAACAACAUCAACAACAAAAUCGUAUGAAUACAGACGACGGAUGGGGUGAAGAAGAUGCAGCAGAUCUUUUUGAGAUUGAAAGUGAUUCAGAUGAUUUCCAGUAUCCCGACGUAAACAAUUUCGUUGAUAAUCUGUCUGUAUCUAGUAAAGGGGAUGUGUGACGCGCAUAGCAGCCAAUUGAUGUUCACAUUACUUAAAAAGGUGACAUUUUUAUGUUUCUCAGAUUUUUUAAAAUAGUUUCUCUUGUGUUGUUCAGUUUCUUUGUUGCAUAUUUGAGUCUAAACAGUAUAAAGUGAAGGGAAUUCGUAGUUUUUUGGUUACUUUAUUUAUAAUAUCUGAGCCAUUCCUUAUUUGUUUGUUUGCUGAUUUCGUUAUGAGUUUCGCGGACAUUUUCUGAUGAAGUUAUGUACAUAAGCUAUUUCUCCUAAACACAGUCACUCAAUAAUUCCUUUCAUUUCUCCGUUGAAGUAGAUACACAAGGGUGUGUUCCCGCUCUGUUGAGUAAAGUUUGCUCAGAAAUAAUCUUGUGUG